AUGGCAACAAUGAACAGUGAAAGUAGCAAUAACAGCAAUACUGCCCAGACAAGGGUUCCUGUAUCGUCAAAGCAGCCACUUCAAACUGCAAAGAGCGUCGAUACUCAAUCUGUUCUCAAACGGUUGCAAUCAGAACUUAUGGCACUAAUGAUGAGUGGUGAAGAAGGAAUAUCUGCUUUCCCUGAGGAAGACAACAUCUUUUGCUGGAAAGGAACAAUCACCGGUAGCAAAGAUACAGUCUUUGAAGGAACAGAAUAUAAGCUCUCUCUAACCUUUCCAGCUGAUUAUCCAUUUAAGCCUCCAAAGGUUAAGUUCGAGACUGGCUGCUUUCAUCCAAAUGUUGAUGUAUAUGGCAAUAUCUGUUUGGACAUACUCCAGGAUAAAUGGUCCUCAGCAUAUGACACGAGGACCAUUCUUCUCUCCAUUCAAAGCCUGCUUGGAGAGCCCAACAUAAGCUCACCUUUGAACAAUCAAGCAGCCGCACUUUGGGCUAAUCAAGAAGAGUAUAGGAAGAUGGUGGAGAAGUUAUACAAACCCGCUUCUUAG